GAGGAGGAGGAGGGAAGCGCGAGGAGGAGGGGGAGGAGGAAGAGGACGAGGAGAAGAGGGAGGAGGGAAGCGCGAGGAGGAGAGGGAGGGGGCCGGCCGGCCGCCCACAGUUGGCCCGCCACGGGCUUGCCCCUCGAAGAGGGCACUCCCCGCUCCUGCCCCCCGGCCCCCGGCCCCCGGCGCUGUCCGAGGGCGCCCUGGCCGCCGCCGCCGCUGCUGACCUGGCCAGCGUCAUGGGAAACAUCUCGUCCAACAUCUCCGCCUUCCAGUCCCUGCACAUCGUGAUGCUGGGGCUCGACUCGGCGGGCAAGACCACGGUGCUCUACCGCCUCAAGUUCAACGAGUUCGUCAACACGGUGCCCACGAUCGGCUUCAACACGGAGAAGAUCAAGCUGAGCAACGGCACGGCCAAGGGCAUCAGCUGCCACUUCUGGGACGUGGGCGGCCAGGAGAAGCUGCGGCCGCUCUGGAAGUCGUACAGCCGCUGCACGGACGGCAUCAUCUACGUGGUGGACUCGGUGGACGUGGACCGGCUGGAGGAGGCCAAGACCGAGCUGCACAAGGUGACCAAGUUCGCCGAGAACCAGGGCACCCCGCUGCUCGUCAUCGCCAACAAGCAGGACCUGCCCAAGUCGCUGCCCGUGGCCGAGAUCGAGAAGCAGCUGGCCCUGCCCGAGCUCGUGCCGGCCACCACCUACCACGUCCAGCCCGCCUGCGCCAUCAUCGGCGAGGGCCUCACCGAGGGCAUGGACAAGCUCUACGAGAUGAUCCUCAAGCGCAGGAAGUCCCUCAAGCAGAAGAAGAAGCGGUAAAGGCGCGGCCCCCAAAGGAGCCCGGGCCCCGGCCCGGGCCGCGGCCGCCCUGCCUUCUCCCCGCUCCGGCCCCGGCGCCCCUCCCCGCCCCUCCCCCCUCCGGCACACACCCACUCUUCCCGCCGCGGACCCCAGAACCGUGAACCAAAGCGACGCGUCGAGUUUUCCAAAAGGGAACAGAACUCUGUGGCCAGCCAGCCCCAGUGAGCGGGAAGCGGACUCCCGGGACUGCCCCCCGGCCGGACGGUGACUUGGCGGCCGGGACAGGUUGGUCAGCAGCCCCAGGGCAGGCCGGGCCGGGGGAGAGAAAGCCGGCCCGUGAACGCCCAUCCCCCCGGUGGGCUGCCCGCCCGCUGGAAAGGCCUUUUGUUUGAUCUCCCCCCACCCCUUUCCCACGGGCCCGGAGGAGGGGGAGGAGACUGGAGGGAGAGGACUGAGAGGGGUGGGGGAUGGGGCUCGGGGCUCGCAACCUGCUAGGUCCGCCCUCCCGGUGGGAAGAGAAGAAUGGCCUGGAGGCCCCCGGAGGAAGGCCUGACGGCUUGGAACCGAGCAGCAGAAUCCCCACGUUGGGCCUCCUCCCCCUCCCCCAAAGCCUGUGGCACCUGUGGGUUCUCAGAGGUACCGAAGUCCCCUCGGGGCUCCCUGCCCGGAGGAGGGUCACCGGGGACAGCUCGAGCCGCCCUGCGGAGGGAUGGGCCGGCCCGGACGGGCACCGAGAUCCCUUUCCUGGAACAGGGCAGGCCCCUGUUUGCUCUUCCUUCGCUGCUGCCCUGGGCCCUGGCGAGGCGGGCUGCUGUCUGUCCGGGGGAGCCCCCGCUGCCGCAGAGCAGCCCCGGGCCGCUGGAAGCCCAGCCAGGAGCCCGGCGGAGGGAAAGCCACCGGAGCAAACGCCCGUUUCUUUUACAGGAUGAGAACUGCCUUUCAUCCCCGCCCCCCACCCCCCCGGGCCGGCAUCUCGGCCGCGGUUGGGAUCCAGCCCGUGUCUAGGUCAUUAUCCCACAAACAAAGGAACAGGAACGAUUAAGAAACGCUUGCCCCCGGCCGAUUAUUGCCGGAAAUCGAGUUAGGGCCUUUGAAAGGGGGAGACUCGAUGUUGGGGCUGGAGGGGAAGGGCCCCUCAGGAUGCUGGGAAGGGCCCCUCAGGAUGCUGGGAUGGGCAGAGGUGCCUGGGUCCGUCCGGGUGGGAUUCCCGGCCCGCAGCUCGCAGCACCUGCCGCCCCCUGGCUGGUCUUAAAUCUCCCACGGCUGACGGCUGCGCGGAGGGCUGUCGGCUGGCGGAGGACGAUCUUUGCAAGGCUUGCCUCUUGGCGUGUGGACUGGGUGAUGGAGGGUUGUCUGAGGAGCUUUUCAUUGAAAAAAAAAGUGAAAAAAAGGCUUUGUUGUGCCCCUUUCUAUCAUUUUACUCCGCGAGUGGAGACCCCUGGGGUUAUUUAACGAGGUUCCCCUGCGGCCCGACCAGUGGAAGAAGUCCACAAAAUUGUCUCAUUAUAGUACCUGAUAUAACGCACCCGUUCCCACCCGCCCCCGAGCCCAUUUGUCUUGCAAAAGCCCACCUGACUGCAUGGAUUUCAAAGCACAACGACCUAGGUCUUUGCUUACAAAAUUCCUGUCAAACUGGAGGCCGCUCACUGGCCCACAGCCGAAACCCAGGGUGGAGAUGAGAUCCCCAGAGUGCUUAGGGUAGGAGGAAGUCUGGGGCGGGAUGUCAUCCGUGGGCCAGCAGGUGCCCAGGGAGGACUGGCAGGCUGAAGGGGAAAGAAAAAAAAAAGAGUUGAGUAUUUUUAAUAAGACUUUUUUUUUUUUUUAAAGAAAUAAAUGGUUUAUAAUCAGGACUGGGAGUCUUGGUUGCAGGAUGCUGGUCAUUUUACACAGAAGUGCAGUAUUGUCGGAAGGGAGACUUCAGACUCGGAGUUUGAUUUCCUCUUUGAAGCCAUGUUUACUGGGGUAAUCGUCCUCUGCCCUCCCUCCCCCUUUUGGAAAAUCUCCCAACAAGGGAGUCAUUGGGAAAUUGGCCACUAUCAGGUUUGAGCAUGGGAAUGCAGCUCUCACUAAAUCCUAAGGCCAGGCCGCUUUUCGAUCCAUUGCUUCCCCCAAACUCACUUUAGAACCAACUGCAGAGAGCAGGACUGGCUUUGUGCCGAGAAUCCGAUUGGUCUAGCUGGGAGGGACAGAUGACUCCUUGGGAUCCGGGACAGGAAUGGCGGCCCCUUCCCCGAGCCGGUCUUUCCUCGAAGCCUAGUGGAGACCGACUCCAAGCCAGGCAGGAUGGAGAAGGCGAUGGAAUUCCCGUUUACACAGUCGUAAUUCACUUCCUCGUUCGCUGAGUUCUGAAUGGGCUGGUCCCAUCAUGUAAGGAAACUGUGUGUAGAGAUUUUGUCGUCCGUGUGUCUGUGGUUUUUUGUUUUGGUUUUCUCUUUUGCGUUUCUUCACAUGCCACAGUUUCUUCUUAAGCACUUUGAGAUUUGUUAGCUCCACGCUCCGGAGAGAAAUAAUAUAUUUAUUUUGUGACCUUGCAGAAGCCAAAUAUGGUGUGAUGCUCACUGGAGUUAGCUUUUGAGAUAAGUCUUCGGGCCCGGUCUCGCCUUGACUUCCAGAAAUCCCGAGCAGGAUUUUUGGUCUUUUUGUCAAGACCGACGGAGGACCCGAAGGCGGUCCGAAUGUCUCGUUCUGGAACCCGGUCCGAGAUUCGCUCGUGGCCCAGAAUUUCUGUCGUUUCUGUCACGUUUCGGCAUUCCUCCUCACGGUCCCUUUACGCCCCCCGGCUUGUGUCACCUUCCCCUUGGGAUUGGAGGCGCACCUUCCUUGCUGAGGGCCCCUCCAGAUGUAGGGAUGCUUCAGGGCAUCGGCUCCUAAAAGAAUGAAGGUGGGGGUUUGCUUUGGAGGCCUGCCUCCCCAUGAGGCUUUUCGGUGGUUACCAGGAGACAGGCGGGAUGCCCGUUUGAUGGCAGACCUCGUCCACUCAUCCAUAUAUUUUUUAUCUAUCUGUUCAGAUGUUAGAAUCCAAGAAAAAACGCCUUGCUGCCUCUUCAUUUUUUCAUUCCCCCACCCCAAGCCAGUCCUCUCUGUUCUAACUGUCUUUUUUGGUUCCUUUCUUUCUUUUUUAUGAUGCAAACAUGAUGCUGUGAACGGAAAUAAAUUAUUUAUACAAUCAA